CAGCGACUCGCCGCGCCGAGCAGGGAGGGGGAGCGGGACUAGGCCGCUUGCAGCGGGGCCGCGCAGCCCACCCCGGCGCCCUCAGGUUUAUCUGUCCCAUAAAUCUCGGGGUCUGAGGAUUCGACUGAGCACUGUUCCUGCUCUGUGGUGCUUGGGUCUGAUGACUCUUAGCACCCGGGACCGCACCAUCCAGCCAUCCAGUUAGACCUAUGAAGCAGUGCAUUAGUCAUCCCAAGUCCCCAGUUCCUUCAUUACACUCGUCUCAGUGCUCCCUUCACUCUGGAACUACGGUUUAUAUUUUAAACCUUCAAAGGCUGUAAUGAACACUUUUAAGAAGAGUAUGCACCGUGGAGAUGUCAGAUAAUGGCAGUGUCCUCACUCCUCACUAAGGUAGUAGGAGAAAUACAAGGUGAAGAAAUGAGCCGUCAGACUGCUACAGCACUCCCGACAGGUACUUCAAAGUGUACUCCAUCACAGAGGGUGCCUGCAUUAACUGGCACUACAGCUUCCAACAAUGACUUGGCUAGUCUUUUUGAGUGUCCUGUGUGUUUUGACUAUGUGCUGCCACCUAUUCUUCAGUGUCAGAGUGGCCAUCUUGUUUGUAGCAACUGUCGACCCAAGCUCACAUGCUGUCCGACUUGCCGAGGCCCACUGGGCUCCAUUCGCAACUUGGCUAUGGAAAAAGUUGCCAACUCUGUACUCUUCCCAUGUAAAUAUGCCUCUUCAGGAUGUGAGAUAACCUUGCCACACACAGAAAAAGCAGACCAUGAGGAGCUGUGUGAGUUUAGGCCUUAUUCAUGUCCAUGUCCUGGUGCUUCAUGUAAAUGGCAAGGUUCUCUGGAUGCUGUAAUGCCACAUCUAAUGCAUCAACAUAAGUCAAUAACAACAUUACAGGGAGAAGAUAUAGUUUUCCUUGCUACAGACAUUAAUCUGCCUGGUGCUGUCGACUGGGUUAUGAUGCAGUCUUGUUUUGGCUUUCAUUUCAUGUUAGUGCUGGAGAAACAGGAAAAAUAUGAUGGUCACCAGCAGUUCUUUGCAAUUGUACAGCUGAUAGGAACACGCAAGCAAGCAGAAAAUUUUGCUUAUCGACUUGAGCUUAAUGGUCAUAGGCGGCGAUUGACUUGGGAAGCAACUCCUCGCUCUAUUCAUGAGGGAAUUGCAACAGCCAUUAUGAACAGUGACUGUCUAGUCUUUGACACCAGCAUUGCACAGCUUUUUGCAGAAAAUGGCAAUUUAGGCAUCAAUGUAACUAUAUCAAUGUGUUGAAAUGGCAAUCAAGCAUUUCCAGGCCAGUGUUUUAAAACCAUUGCAUUUAAUUUUUGCAGAACCUAGGGUAACCAUCUGACUGCCAGACAAAUUAUUUGGUAGAUGGAGGCUAGACAUACAUGAAGGUAAUAAAAGGAAAGGCUGUUAAAUUACAGGAAGCAGUUGCAUGUAGUAACACUAAUAUAUUUAAAAUAAGUCAACAGUAAACCACUGAAAUAUAUAUACACCCAAAAUGGGCAUCUUUUGUAUUAAGAAUUGAUUCUACAGGAAAUGUUGUAAAAUAAUUCUAAAAACUUGUUUGUAGAUUGAUUGUACUGUUGAAAAGGAUACUGUUUCGUGUUUUUGUGGGUUUUUUGUUUUGUUUUUUUUUCUUUUGACUGACAAGCCAUGUUGAGCGGUCUGGUCUCUGGCCGCUGCUUUUUUUCCCCCUUUGUAAGUCACUACAUAGUAUUGCUGCUGUUUGUGUAUAUUUUUUGUGUAUUUGCUAAUUUUUAUUAACUUCUAGUUUUUCAUUAAAUAAAUAUGACUUUCUUUUCUGUAA